UGGCUACGCGACUGGUUUUUAAAACAAACUUCACUUGACAAGUAUCUUCUCACUUCUGUACCGGUAGCCGAGCACAUUGUGUUAAAAUCGUUUAAAAAAACGUGUUACAACAUAAUUGCGAUUCAUCUCAUUCCAUUCGCAUUUAUCUACGGACGUUGUUUUUAAUUUCUUUUUAAAUAAUCGUUUUUAAGGAGCAUUUCAAAAAACUUUUGUCAUGGCUGCAAUGUCUGUAAUUGGUAUUGACUUUGGCAACGAAUCUUGCUAUGUAGCAGUUGCAAAGGCAGGAGGGAUCGAAACUAUAGCGAAUGAUUACAGUUUGAGGGCCACACCAUCUUACAUCGCCUUCUCGGGAAAGAACCGUAUCUUAGGUGUCGCUGCUAAAAAUCAACAAAUUACGAAUAUGCGAAAUACCGUUUAUGGAUUGAAACGUCUACUGGGAAGAAGAUUUAAUGAUCCUCAGGUACAAAGAGAAAUGCAACUGCUACCGUUUACUGUUAUAGAAACUGCCUCUGGAGGUGCCGGAAUUAAAGUAAAUUAUUUAAAUGAAGAUCAAGUAUUCUCGCCAGAGCAAUGCUUAGCUAUGCUUCUGACCAAAUUAAAAGACACAUCCGCCACAGCUUUACAAACUCCAGUAAAUGACUGUGUGAUCUCCGUUCCGUCGUAUUUUACAAAUAACGAGCGUAAAGCUCUACUAGACGCAGCUUGCAUCGCCGGUCUGAACGUGUUACGACUUUUUAACGAAACUACGGCGACCGCCCUGGCGUAUGGCAUUUAUAAACAGGAUCUGCCCGGACCGGACGAAAAGCCUCGUAACGUCGUGUUUGUCGACUGCGGUCACGCGUCUCUGCAGGUGUCGGCGUGCGCGUUCAAUAAGGGGAAGUUGCGUAUGCUGGCGACCACCGCCGAUUCACAUUUGGGCGGCCGCGAUGUCGACUUAAUUUUAGCGGAUUAUUUUUGUAAAGAGUUUCAAACCAAGUAUCGAAUUGAUGCUAAAUCCAAUGCAAGGGCUUUCGUUCGUUUACUCGCCGAGGUGGAAAAGAUUAAAAAACAAAUGUCCGCCAAUUCCACCACUUUACCAUUAAAUAUCGAAUGCUUUAUGGAGGAUAAGGACGUACGCAGCGAAAUAAAGCGCGCCGAUAUGGAGGCAAUGUGCACCUCACUGUUUCAACGUGUCGAGGUGACUCUGCGUCAAUGUCUGGAGCAGUCAGGUUUGGCUUUGGAGGACAUACAUUCUGUGGAAGUGGUGGGCGGGUCUACCAGAAUUCCGGCGAUUAAAUCCCUGAUAGAAAAGGUAUUCCAUCGAACUGCCAGUACCACUCUUAAUCAGGAUGAAGCCGUAAGUCGCGGAUGCGCCCUUCAAUGCGCGAUGCUGUCGCCUGCAGUUCGAGUGCGUGAAUUUAACGUUACCGACACCCAAAACUAUCCGAUUAGCUUAUCGUGGGACGCAAGCAGCGAUGGAGAAUCUUCCGGGGAAAUUGAAGUUUUCCCCAUCAACCAUUCCGUUCCCUUCUCAAAGAUGUUGACUUUCUAUCGCAGAGAGCCAUUCUCAAUACGCGCAUCUUACACCGGUAACAUUCCUUAUCCGGAUCGUAAUAUUGGUAUGUGGACUGUUCGCGAUAUACACCCGACCGCGGACGGAAGAUCCCAGAAGGUGAAAGUGAAAGCUCGUGUGAAUCUUCACGGAAUAAUGUAUAUAUCGAGCGCAUCUCUAAUCGAAAGUAAGGAAGCAGAAGCCGAAGUGGUAGAAGAACAGAACGAAAAGGUUAACGAGAGUACCGAAGCACCUCAGAAUGAGACAAGCAAUGGCCAACCUGAGGUAGGAUCAUCGGGCUGGACGAAGAAAAUAUCUGCCUGGUUCAGCCGGGAGGGGGAGGAGAAGAAGGAGAAAAAGAAGAAGCAGCUGGUCAAAAGUACCGAAUUACCAAUCGAGUCGCUUACUGUUGGAUUUUCGCAGGUUGAAAUCAAUCAGUACACCGAGCAGGAGUUUAAAAUGAUCGCAGCCGAUCGUCAGGAGAAGGAACGCGCGGACGCCCGCAAUGCCCUUGAGGAAUAUGUGUACGAGCUUCGUGGAAAACUGUCAUCUGAGGACGAAUUGGCAUCGUUCAUCUUGGACGCAGAUCGUGAUAAUCUCAUUCAGCAGUUGGACGAUAUGGAAAAUUGGCUGUACGAAGAAGGCGAAGAUUGCAAUAGACAAGUAUAUCAAGAUAAAUUAACCGAAUUAAAAGCUAAAGGCGAACCGAUACAAGUGCGCCGUUUGGAGCACGAGCUACGACCUACGAUUAUAGAAGAAUUCGCUCGGUCAUUACAAUUGGCCAACAAAGUCGUAGAGCAAUUUAGGGCCAAAGAUCCAAAAUUUGCUCACAUUAACGAUGAAGAGAUCAAGAAAGUUGAACAGGCUGUGAUGCAAAAUUACAAAUGGUUGGAGCAGGCGCGGACGCAAUUAAACGGUACCCCGAAAUUCUUACCUCCUCCGAUUACAGUUGCGCAAAUAAGGCAAGAGCGCUCGAAUUUCGAAAACACUGUCUCGCCGAUUGUAAAUAAACCAGUGCCGAAACCGGAAUCUCCACCUAAAGAAUCGAAAGAGAACAAUACUGACGGUGUCGAUAAGGAACAAAAACAUCACAGUAAUGCAAAUCACGAGCAACCCACACAAAAUAGCACACAAGAGGAAAAUAUGGAGUGGUCGGCGUCGUAAAUUAAUUAUUUAUUAAAUUUCGCGAGUUUUGUAUACUUUUUGGAAUUGCGCGCAUAUUUUUUCUAUUUUUCCCUGUAGCAGUAUUUAUGUGAUACUUUAAAUGCGUAUAACAAAAGGUUUAACAAAACUCUCCGCACCUCCUCCUUUAUUCACAAAUCUAAUGCAGUAAUUAAUAUUUAAGAAUGUAUGGGAUGUACGUUUAGUUAGACAAUUUUAUUUACACGCUUCAUUCCAACUAAAUCAUUGGAGCAACACGAGAUAAUUUGUUUUGUUUAAACCCGGUGUAAUUUCGGAUUAAUAAAAUCCUUAUCCUUC